AAAGACCCCACUAAGCAUUAUGAGUUUCAAAGCGAUGCAGAUCGCAGCCCUUGGACGACCAUUACACCCCGGAAUGCUGUAUGACUGCCGUGAUGACAGCUUCAUUCCAGGUGUCACAUUGUGGGAUGCUGAAGAUAUUGAAAAGAACAUGACCGUACAUGAACAGAACCAAACAAAAUCUGAAAUCACUGCCUCUGACUCUCUUAGUAAGAAGUCCAGUCUGCUGGACAUAAGUGCCUCCCUGAAGGUGAGCGUCUUGGGGGGCCUGGUUGAGGUAGGAGGGUCAGCAAAGUAUCUCAAAGACACACUGACCUUGGAAAGUCAGUGUAGAGUGACUAUGCAUUUCAGCCAGAAGACUGUGUUUAAGCAGCUCAACAUGAAGAAUACUAGCAAAAUAAUUUGUGCAGAUAUGAUUAAACAUGGAACAGCCACUCAUGUUGUGACAGGUGUGCUGUAUGGAGCUGAUGCCUUCAUGGUCUUUGAUCAUACUGCUUCCAAGAAUGAAGAUAAGCAGGAGAUUCACGGUAAACUAAAAGUCAUGAUCAAGAAAGUUCCAAGCAUUUCUAUUAGUGGUGACGGAAAACUAAAUAUGACACACGAAGAACAAGAAACGGUGGAGAAAUUCCAGUGCACCUUCUAUGGUGAUGUCAUACUGAAACAAAAUCCAACGACCUUCAUGGAAGCAGUGAAAGUGCAUAAAGACCUGCCAAUGCUUCUAGGAGAGAGAGGAGAGAAGGCUGUCCCAAUGACAGUGUGGCUUUACCCUCUGAAGUACCUGGACAAGAGAGCAGCCAAGUUAGUGCGGGAGAUCGGAGAGAACCUGAUUAUAGAGGUAGAAACCACCAUGGAAGACCUUCAGAGAGCUACAAUCACAGUCAAUGAGCUACUGCAAAUCAGUGAGACCAUUCAGGCUACUGAUAUACAGGCCAAACUGAAAACAUUUCAGGAGAUGCUCAGGCAAUACAAGAUAACUGUCCAGAAAAAGAUGUCAGUGCUUAUUCCAAGAAUCUGUAAUGGAGAGACAGAUGAAGACGAAUUGAUGCAAAUUCUUGAAUCCCACUCCAGCUCACCUUUUACAACAGAAACUAUGAAGAAAUGGCUGGAUGAAAAGCGGAGUGAAUGUGGGGUGCUCAGAUCUUACAUUGAUGCCUCUGAAGAUCAAAAAGAUGUUCAAAUAGUGUCUCCUACACAGCACAAUACAUUAAUUUUUAACCCAUGCUACCCAACAAUCGUCACAUUUGUCUUCACCUCCCUGAAGUAUGAUGAGCCAUACAUUUCGGAUGUCAAAGAAUUUCUGCAUCCUAAAGAGCCCAUGAAACAAAUUAACACUAGAGAUUCUGUUGGGAAAGCUGUUGAAGAUGACAAGUCAACACCAUGGUUUCUCACACCUGACAUAUCACAGACCAUGAGAGAAACCUUUGACCGGUUCAAAGACUUGGUCAAAAAUGAAGCAAAGACAAGCAAAUUUGUCAUCACCUACAUCUCUAACCCCACUCAUCCUGGGGCCUCCAUCUAUCGCUAUCAAAAUGGGAAGCGGCUGGAUACCUAGUACAAACCCAAAAAUAACCCAUCUACACCUUAAGUACUUGGCAUACGGGACAGGAGUAUAACACUGAAGCUACAGUCAUCUACAGCCUCAAAUAUUUUGCAAUUCAAAGUGGAGAUCAAGGAGGAGAAUGGAGAACAUGACUGGAGGGUUAUAGAUACACAUGAAAAUCAAGAUCAAGAGACCUGGAUCAUCUCAGGGCUGCAGCCAGACACUGCGUAUCUUCUUAGGUACAAGGCAGUCGGUGCUGGUGGAGUCAGCGAGCCCAGUGACGCUGUGAAGAUUCACACCAAAGGUUUGAUAGACAUUUCAGUGUAAAGGUUUUUCACAAAUAAGUUUUACUCCACAUCUUUCAAAAUCAGGCAAUAUAUAUUUUGCUUGUAAAAAGUUGAGAAUUACCUGUAAUAAAAUAACUUUUCAUUUCA